AAGAACAGUUUCGGGAAAUGAAAGAGAAAAUAAAAUAUUGAUAAAACAAAUAACAUUAUGCAUGUUUUAACUUGUGGAGCUCUCUUCUAAAUGUACUUGGGAGUUAUAGCAAGCGUGACAUUCAGUUAAUACUUUGGCUAAUGAAACGCAAAAGUUUGGCUUAAGGCAGGAUCAAUAUUUGAAAAGUAAUACUCAAAAUGUCUUCUUCUUCUAAAACAAACGGAGAACAACCAUCAGAACUUGGACAGAAGGAAACAGUCAUUCAAAUUCUAAAACUGUAUGCCGAGUUGGAAAAUUUAUCGAAUUUAGAUGACGAUGAUAAUCUUGAAGAACUAAAAAAAAUUAAAAUGAAAUUCGAAGAUUUUUUUCAAGUCGAAGAGAAAGGAAAAUAUAUACGCCUUUAUCACAAAGAUAUUUUGCAAGGAACAAUAACAGACGAACUCAUGAGAGAUGAUCCAUUACAAACAGAAAAAGAGGACAUUAAAAUAAACGGGGAUUCGUUGUUGCUGCGAGCAAUGUCAAUAUCUGUUGAAAAACGAAGCAAUCGGGAUGAAACACUCAAGAAAAUACAAGAAAAGAUAAUAGAUUCUUGCCCUAAGAUGAUGUUUUUUUCAAAGAAAAAUGAGAAGUGUAGAGGAAUAACACCGCUUCAUGUUGCAAUAUUGAAAGAGGAUGCAAAAUUCCUUAAAUACAUGGCAACUGCUGCCGAAGAAAAGGAUAUAGAAUCUGAGACUACCAAAGAUGUUUGCGCUGAUGGUUUUGCGUUCCAAAACACGGUUAUGAUGGCUGGAACACCACUGGGAGUUGCCGCGCUCAAAUCCAACAGAAAACUUUUUCGGAUAGUAUUAAACAAUUUUAAAUCAGAACUUGAUGUGACAAACCACAAAGGGGAUAACAUUGUGCAUUCUUUGAUCAAGUAUGCCCAUGUUCAACCAGGCAAACUGGAUGAGGUACUGAAAAUGUUACAUUACAUAUUAGACUGUGAAUUCCAUUCAGCGGAUUUGCCUUUUGGUGAAAAAAAGAUAUGGAAGGAAAAAGUUCGUAAACUCCUGAUGAUGAAGAACAAAGAAAAACUUAACCCGUUACAGUUAGCUGCUAAAAGGCAACAGUUUGCAAUAUUUGAGCUUAUCAUGCAUCAUGAGGUAUAUUGUACCAGAGAAUCGAGUGACGGGAUUUUCAAUGAAGAAGUCUUCGACAUCACUGAGAUUGAAACACUUGCAACUGAAAACGAAGUGAAAGGAGACGCACACGAGCAUAUCAAACAGGAAUAUCACGAAUCGGUACUGGAGUACUUCAUCCAUCAGCAGACAAAAAACGCAUUCUUGUUUGCUGAUUUCAUGCCCGUCAAAGAGGUGAUCAAAGAAAAAUGGAAACAUUAUAAAUUGUUGUUCUGUAUAUGGUUUCUUGUUCAUUUUCUCUUUAUGAUCCUCCUUUCCGUGGCAGCCUUGUACAGGUCAAAACUUGUGGCAUCAGAAAAUGGGGAUAUUACUUAUGAACACCCUGUUACCAGGGAUGCUUUUGUAACAAGUGUGUCAGUCAUCGGCUGUAUAGUCGGUGUGGUUUAUAUAUUAUUAGAAUUCACAAGGCUUUAUCUAGGUCGUUUUCAAUAUAAGACAUCUUCCUCCAGGUUUAAAAGUGUUCGGCGUCAUUUUAGUACACCUUACUCAAAUCUUAUAUUUAGAGUAUACUUUUUAUUGUUUUCUCUGUUGCUUAUGUUGGAUUUUAUCGUUGCUUCAGUUGCAGGGCAACAUUCAUUCGUGGAUUAUCAAAAUUACUGCCUUCUUUUUGCAGUAAUUUUAGGUUGGUAUCUCUUUAUGUUUUUCCUGCAAACAUUUAAAACAUUUAGUUUCUUUACUGUUUUGAUACAAAGAGUUAUAUUAGACAUGUUUAAAUUUGCGUUCGUCAUGGGAAUAUUUCUAGUAGCUUUUUCCAUUGCAAUGUACAUGGCAAUGCAAGGUGCCAAUACUGAUAAUGACGAGUUUGAACACUUUGGAAAAACAAUGGUGAAAAUGCUUACUAUAAUGCUUGGUAUCGGAGAAAUUGAAAUCUUAUUCCAGGCUCGACAGCCAAUUCUAGCAGUUAUGAUAUUUGUGAUCUUUGUGUUGUUAACAACAAUACUGUUGCUUAAUGCACUUAUUGCAAUGAUGUCAAACUCGUGCACAGAUCUGAUGAGCUCGUGCAAAGAUUUGAUGAACAAUCAUAGUGGCAGGACUGCUACAAAAAUGCAUUGUCGUCUACAAAAGCUAUCAGUUAUUCUGUUUCUAGAAAGCUUCCUCCCUAACUGUAUGUGUAAGAAAGUUGGUUUUGUAAAAAAGAAAUUAAGAUAUGAAAACAAUAAAUGGGUUCCAAACACCCAGAGACGAUUAUGGGCUCUGAGUUCUGUUCAAGAACAUGAAGAAGAGGCUGAAGAAGAGGCAGAGAGCUACGAUCCAUCGGAGCAAGGUAUACUAUCCACACUAAUGUCGCAUUUGCAGCCACAUAAGAAACCGAGGAAAAAGAACAAAACAGCUCACGCGAAAGAUAAUAAAGUACGCCCACCUGUAAGCGGCAUGACAACCUUAGAAAUGCAGAAUCAAAAACCUGUUCGAAGACAUUUGCAUAUUCGAGACAUUGGCCAAAAUACUUGCGACACGUGUAAAAACGAUAGCAUGGUCUACAACGAGACACAGGAAAUUACUGAAUUUAUAGAAGUACCAAAUAUAAAAGAAGAUAUCACUCGAUUUGCGACUACAUAUUAAAGAUGUAUAAGAUAUCUAUGACUUAUUAACUCAAUGUUUCAAUAGUGUUGCAAACAAUCUGGCAGCUUGAACAGGUGAUGGUUGCUUAAGAAAAGAUGAAUUAGAACAAUUACUUAUGCUUUAUUUUCAUGUAUUGAUUUACGCGUUGUCUUCGCAGAUCUAGUAUCUUGCAUGCAAAAUUGCUUAUGUUUUUUUUUCAUGUAUUGAUUUACGUGUUGUCUUAGCAGAUCUAGUGUCUUGCAUGCAAAAUUGCAUAACCAUGCUUUAUUUUUAUGUGCUGAUUUUCGUGUUGUCUUGGCAGAUCUAUUGGUUUGCAUGCAAAUUGCUUAUGCUUUAUUUUCAUGUGCAGAUUUAAGUGUAGUCGUAGCAGAGCUAGUGUCUUGCAUGCAAAUUGCUUAUGCUUUAUUUUCAUGUGCAGAUUUAAGUGAAGUCGUAGCAGAGCUAGUGUCUUGCAUGCAAAUUGCUUAUGCAUGCUUUAUUUUCAUGUCCUGAUUAUUGUUACUUCGUUGUUUUCCUGAUGUCGGUCAAUAGCUACACCUAACUAAUGCUGAUUGUAUAAUAAUAUGACACAUAUUUUGAAUAAAUUUUGCAUUUGUAUUUAUAAAACAUAACAUAACAUACUAAUAAACUUUGAUAAUGUGGCAGUUGACCUCAAUACAAUCGACAAUGUUUAUUUUCCAAUACAGGUAAAUCCAAUAAUAGCUUUACAAUAGAUCUGUGACGGAUGAUCUUUGAACACCCCUAGACUUAUUGGACUCAACUGCCACAUUAUUAAAGCUUAUUAGUAACAUAACUUUUUUGGCAUUAAAUGUCACAAUACAUUUAUAGCCUCGUACAAUAAACCUGUAGUAAACACAUGAAUUUACAUAGAAGAACAAAACUUCACAUUAUAAAGAAACAUUGUGAAACGAGAUAUCUUAUUUAAAAUUGUAUUUUUGCUUAACAAUGCUAGAAUGUAUGGUAAACAAUACUAUAGACUAUACGGUAAAUGAUGUUUAAGUGCACGGCAAACAAUACUAUAGAUUGUACGGUAAACAGAACAAUGCUAGCGAUUGCACGGAAAACAAUGUUGGACAGUGUACGACGCUAGAGAUUGUACGGUAAACAAUACUAGACAUUCUAGAGAAUAUACGAUAUGGCGUUGAUUUUGUAACCCAUCUGACUGUUAUAAUUAAAUAUCUAAAAGUUUAAGACACUCUUGGGAGUGGUGGUUGGGGAUUGAGGUGGAUCGUAGAGGGGACUAUAAGGUUAUCUUUAUGCAGUUCAGGGCACUAUUUUGACAUAUUGUCUCGAUAACCAGAUAAUAUUUUCACGAAAACUUUCUCGAACUUUCACGAAAGUUUAUUCAAGCUUUCGCGAAAAGUAUUGUUUUUUCUCGAAAGUUCGUAAUACUUUCAUAAAAACUUUAUGAUUAUCGUAUGCAGAAAUAUGCCACCACAGUUUGAUGGUUUAAAUUUGGAUAAUUUGAUCAUAAUUUCGAUACCCAGUGUGAUCCCUUGUCUUUGUGUGUAUUGAUUGUGACACAAAAGGUUGAAUGCAGUAAUCAAAUUGAUGAAAUAAUUGUGCAAAUUUUGUCAUUUCAAGCAUAAGUUGUAUAAUACUUUUGUUUGUGAAUGGCAUUGAGGCUAAAAACACAGUAUAUAAUAAGGCACUUUUUGAACAGAAACUAAAAAUUGAUGAAUAAGUUUUUCGUAUUCAAAUAUGAACGAACAAUAAUAUCUUUCGCUUUGAUCUGGUAUAAUCUAUAUUUGGCUGCAAUUAUCAGAUCAAUCAAGGAGACCAAUAAACUAGCUGAAUUGUUAAAAACUUGCUGAAAAGUCAUUUCAUUGUGAUGUCAAUUUUCAAGGUGAGUACUGAAGAGUUUUCCCUUGUUUUAUAUACGGUCUGUGAUACGGUACAAGGAACAUUUUUUCUAAAAUUUAGCUUAUAUUGCGAAUCUGAAUUUAUUUUAUUAGAGAUAAAACAUUUUCUUAUGUCAUACAAUAUCCAAGUAUUGCCUUGAGAUAAGUUCUUCCCGCAAAGUUCAAUUAUAAAUGGGGUUCAAUAUUUAUCAACGGUUUGAUAGGUAGGACUACUUUCCCGGGUAACCACAUAGAAAUUAAAAAAGUUUCGGAAAAUCUUAAACAACAUGCUUCCAAAUGAUCAAAUCAAGACUUAAGUAAUAUACUCGAUCUUAAAUGUUAUACAUUUGUACUCAACAGUUUUUACUCAGAAUUUAACUAUUAGUAUGACCGACAAUUUUUUAAGGAAUAGUAUAUCCUAAACGAUGAUGUGCUCUUGAAUAAAUUCAUAGUUUGAUGUUCCGAUGCGAUGGAAUUAUAUCACGAAGGACAAAGAAUGA